AUGGACCCUGCAGCGGGCAGCGGCGGCGGCAUCGGCAUCCUCGGCGGCGACGGCGGCGGUGGCGGCGGAGGAGGAGGAGGCGGUGGAGGCGGCGAAGAAUGGUGGGCCGCCCGGCCAUGGGGGCCCGGCGACGUGUUAGUGGCGACGCUGGUCGCGCGGACCGCGACGUGUCUGUGCGCGCCGCUCGCCUCCAGGUUCUACAGGUUCCUAGCCAGGUUCUCAGAGGCCUGCUCCAGUCGGUCGACGCCGAAGCCGCGGCCGCCGUCCCCGACGGCGCGGCCGAACAUCACAUUCCACACGUACGCGUGUCCACCCGCUUACGCCACCUGGUACUGCCUGAACGGCGCCACCUGCUUCACCGUCAACAUCGGCGAGUCGCUGCUCUACAACUGCGAAUGUGCAGAUGGAUAUAUGGGGCAGAGGUGCGAAUUCAAGGACCUGGAUGGAUCAUACUUACCAUCACGACAACGAGUUAUGUUAGAGACAGCAAGCAUCGCUGGAGGUGCAACGAUUGCAGUGUUCCUUGUUGUCCUCGUGUGUAUAGCAGUGUACAUCCACUUUCAAAGGAAAUUGAAAGAAAGCCGUGCCACAUGUGUAGACGGUAGCAGUCACGAUUUAGAGAAACGACCUUUUAGCCGAGAUCCAAUGGAAAUCUCCAUUCGAAGACCACCUUCACAUUAUCAGAAUUCACCUGAUAUUCCCACAGCACCUAUAGAAGAGAGGGAAAACGACCCCCAAUUUAUUCGAGUAGGAGAAGCUCCUUCAAGCACGCAUCGACACUCGCAGCAGUGACUGUGUUUGCCAAACCAGGCUUGUGAAUAGUUUCCUCAUGUUAUUACUAUUAUUAUGUUUAAAUAUGUAUUUAUUGUACUAUAUAGAAGAUACCUUUCAAAGAAACAGCUGUUAAAUGGAAGCAGUGAAGCAGAUAUAGUGAAAGUGACUGUGCAACGUUGCAAUUUUCUUCUGCUUAUUAUUUAUUUUCCUGGUGAAGACUGUAUAUUUUCUGCAGUAUAAAUCUGGCAAGUUUGAUUGAUGUGAGCACUAUAUUUUUACAAGGUACCAACCAUGUCAGUGUUGUGACAUCGUAUUGCCUUUUUAAGCCUCGCAGAGAGUAUGUAUUCAGCUAGAAACUUUGGACCUAUUGUAGGAGCUUUUCUUGGGCUCGAAGACACAAGAAAUGUAAUCGGUUUGAUGUCUAGAUAACUACGACUGCUGAUUACAAUCGACUGAUGAAAGGAAGGAGUGGCUUUAGCAGUAGAAAAGAUUGAUAAAAAUUGUUUUCAAAUGAAAGGACAAAUCAGUUUGUACAUUUUGUUUGUUUUCUGGCCAAUGUUUCUGCCUAUUGGGUGGGCAUUUGGAAUAUUACCUCAUUUACAAAAUGCUCUUUUGUUUCUGUUGCAUGCUAGUCGACAGUGAUAUAGAAGAGAGGAAGUAUGACACAUUCCGGUUCACAAUAGCUUUCAAUUUUUAGUACUUUUUAGCUUAUAUUAUGCAGCUACAUUACCAAAAAUAAUUCACACUCACAAAACCAAAUAUCCUCAGGUUAUUUAAGAGUUUUGUUCUUUGUAUUUAAAUUUCUUCAGCCAUUGGCAUUACAUUACAUGACAGGAAAUAGAAAAAUAUGUCGAUAACCGUUUUCUUUUAUUAUGCAAUUAAGGUAAAAAAACUUAUGUUUCUCUUUAACCUACAUUUAUCUGGGAAAUAAUGGUACAUGUGGUAUAUAUGCCGUGAAAUAUACAUGACUUUUGUGCAGUACACAGUUCAUAAACUACCCUCGCUCAGUUUGAUGUCAGCUCCAAAGACUGCAACACAUGCCUUGUAAAUACCAAGACUUUGAUGGACACAUCCUAUGGGAAGAAAAAUUGGGCCAAAAUCUUAUUUUUUUGUAAGGAAAUCGUCAGAUUGUUAUGAAGCACUAACAUGUAUAUUUUGUAGAUAUUAAAAUGAUCCUGUCUUGUUUUCUCGCCUGUGUACAAAUUUUGCCAUAUCAUGCAAAAAAUUCUUUUUUCCAUUCUUCAUUACAUGUACUUGGUUCCUAAUUUAUUUUAUUUUUAGAAGAAACUAUGUGUAUGCUAAUCCAUUUUGUGUAAUUGGGUGAGAGAUAGUGCGAGAGAUUCAUUGAAUGAAUGAGAUUGAAUGUAUGCGGUGGCCUCUACUUUCAUCUCAUGGUGAUUUGCUACAUUUCAUUCCAACUUCCUAAUUGUGAAGAGAAUAUUAAUCCUCGAUUACCAUGCUGGUUGUAAAUUCAAUUUUUUAUUUUUUGUUAAAAGUCUUCCCAAAUUAAUCAUAUAUGUAAUCAUAAAAAUACCAAAGAUAGAGAAAAUGAGGUCACCAUCUUUUCCAUAAUCCAUACCAAAGCAUCUGUUUAAAUACUAGCUAUUUCAUGCAAUGUACUGAGAAAUUCUAGGAGAAGAGUAUCUUGUUUAGUAGCAGAAACUUGCUUAUUUCAUUUGAUUCUGUUCUGAUAAACUCUUGCAUAAAGCAUGGAUGAAAGUCCUUCAGCUGAUGUUAUAUAACAAACUAUAUUAGGACUUUCAAGAGUAUUUUCUGUGUUUCUUGUAAUUGUCUCAACUUAAAUGUGUUUUUUGUUGUAGCAAAUGACAUUUUUACGCUGAAAAAAUCCAUAGAAAUAUUGCAUUGCAUUAGGCACUACGUGCUGUCUAUAUGGAAUAAAAAUUUAAAAAAUGAUCAUUCAAAUGUUUUCUUUAUUCUUGGUUCUACCAGAUGGCAAUAACAUUUUCUUCUUGUCUAAUACAACAAACUGUCGCAAGUGUUUUAAUAUUUGUAAUGUGUAUGCUGUACAGCUGUUUCAAAAUUGUGCACUCGUAAAAUGAAAUCCGACACACUCAUGCCGGUAAUAGAAUUAGCUCAGAUAUAUCAAGGUAACUAAUUUAAGUAACCUUAAUCAAUAAAAUAGUAUUGAAUGUAAGUAGACAUUAAAAAUAACUCAAGAGUAACCUACAUAAUUAAUGUUCCUAGAUUAAUCAUCCUCACAGAACAUUUUAACCAAAAUAUUAUGUACCAUGGCUGCAGAAUAGUAUAGGAACAUUGUUGGUAGUUCAAAAUGGCAUGUUGUUGACUUCUAGUUCAUGCAGCAAAACUUGAAAUGAUAAUACAAUAGUCUUGGAGCUUACUCAACUGCCUAGGAAGUAGAAGAGAGAUUUGUUUAGCUGUCAGGCGCAAAAAACUUGUUUUUGUUUUUCCCUCCACGAACUAGUCAGUUGUAAAUGAAAGUGUGAAAGAAACAGUAUGAGUGAACAAAUGUUUGUAAAGUGUUAAAUUUUGUUCAUCAUAUUCAAUACACUGCUUUCUAAUCCAAAGAUCAUUGUUAAAAAUUCUUUGUGUCUUCACAUUAAUUGUAUUUUGUAGUGUGAAAUACUUCCAAAUAUGAAAUGUUAAAUUUCUGUGUGUGGCAAACAUGCAAGGCGAUAAAAAAUUUACUGUAUUUAUAGAUUUUUUUUUUUCAAAAGUUUUAAAUUUUAUAAUGUUCUUAUAUUUCAAUUGUUUGUAUUCAAAUUGUAUCAUUGAAAUUGUUUUCUUCUUCUUCGUCUGUCUAAGAUUGAAAUUCCAAAAUCUAUAUUAUUUGUUGCUUUAAUAUUUUCUGUAACAAAAUGUUUGUUGGUCAGAAUAAUUGUUUGUGGCCAGGUUUUGAGUAUCAAAGAAUAUUCUUUCUCUAUUGUAUGUGUUCUUAAAAGUGCAUGAAAUUUUUGUUUUUAAAUUAAUUGGCAUCCCUUAUUGGGUAUCAGUUUUAAGGAAUUUAAAACAGUUCCUUAAAUAAAGAAUGGAUUUGUAAUUUGGAGUAUUAAAAUGCUAUCAAUAAAAUUGAGCUCUUCUAAUCUUUGUUACUACAGCUUUAAAAUGCAAGUAGUUACCUACUAAUAAGAUAUUCUGAUCAUUUCCUUGAAUCUUGUUUAAUUAUUUAUUCUUAAUAUUAUUGCAUUUGGCCCCAUGUUAAUAAAAUUUUAAUUUCAAACUUGAUAUAGAUGUGGGUCUUGUAAGGAUGUGCACAUCAAAUUCUGGUCAAAAAUGCAAUAUUUAUUAUACAGCUGCAGCCAUGGUAAUAGACCAUUAGACAAUAUUUUAUUCAAAAUUGAGAUCUGUGUUCACUACUUUCACUAAUGUUGUGGAAACAAACUUAGCAGAGCAAACUUGUAAUCAGGAUAUAAUGCGUGAUGCUGUGAAGCACAGAAACUUCAUACCUGCUAUUUAGUGUAUGCAAGUCAUUAAAGUGUCCUUCAUAUUUGGUCAUUUUGAUUUCAUUUAACAAACUUGUAAAUCUUCAAUUAUGUUUUGGUUUGUUCCUUUUUCUGUUGUCAACACAACAAAGUACCAUCUUGCCCCUUUUAGAACUGAUCCAAGGACAAUUAGAGGCCAAUAGUUAAGAGUCAACUCACAAUUGUCAAGUGAGUUCUGAAUGUCCUGGCAUGAUGUAUGUAUGUCUCACCUGCACAAUUUUUAGGCAAUAGAGGUGUACCAUUGCAAUUCAAACUUUGUAAGUUGAUAAAAUAUGAAACUGGUUUAUAUCAGACAGUGAAAUUAACCAUUUAUUGGAAUGGCACAUUGUUAUCCUUUUCUGUCAUUUUAAUGGUGAGUUUUGUCUCAGAAACUCAGAGAGAAAUCAUUUUUUGUUUAAUAAUAAAACUGAAACAAUUUAUUGUAUUUUGUUUCAAAGCAGUUAUAUUCCUGGUACUUCAUUCCUUCGUUGCCUACCUCAAGAGAUUGUUCUCUUUCUACAGGAAUGGUGAACUGAUAAUGAGAAAUAAACUGAAAACAUAUUUAAGAAAUGACUUAAAA